AAUAAAAAGCUUCCUCAAUUUGCCUCACGCUGCAACACACACUUGCCCUCAUUCAGGGAUUGGCAUGGUCAAAUCCACAAACGAAAUGUACAUUUAAGUUACGCCAUUGAAAAAAUGGACAGAGAUCCAGACGGUUGGCCGAGAACCUGACAGAACAAGCCAACUUAACGACGAUGUCGCGCUCACUGGACUCGGACGCAGUUGGUUGGCAACAUCAACAGAGUCAUUGAUGUCUAUCUUCUGUAUGCCAGGUUUCGGCGGUAGUCAGUUCACUCAUGGAAGGCAGGUGAGAAUGAGGGUCCGUUUUCCCGAUCACAUAGGGUUUGUGAUCCAUAUAAGCGCUCGUUUUUCAUCCUGUGCCGCCGACUGGAACAGUGACUGACGGUUGUGAUAUGUCUGAUGUCGCUGCCUUUCUUUCUCUAUUAUCAGCGACAUAUCAGGGCCCUCCGCAUGUGCCUAAAUGAUGUAGUUGGUCAUAAAUGCAGGAUGAAGUUUCCCUCACUGUAACAAAAGUUCAAUCAUCCCCUUCCAUCCCCCGUUCCUGCGAAGAUGUCGCAAGAAUCUCCUAUAGUACCGCCAGUGGUACCGCCAGGUGGUAUUCCUACUCCAAGUGGAGUUCUGGGCAGCUUCGUGAUAGAGGUGACAUUUGCUGUCUUGCUCUAUGGCACUGCACUUGCACAGUCAUAUGUGUACAUGUUGAACUCGGAUGGGGAUCCUCUUUUGUUAAAGGCAUGGGUAUUCGUCGUAUGGUUUCUGGAGACAGCUCACACUGGGAUGACCAUACACAUGCUUUACCUAUAUACCGUUGUUGGAUAUGGAAACCUCGCUAGUGCUACUGUCAUUGUUCUGAGCGUCGGGAUAUCAAUAGUAACUGAGAUGAUCAUUGUAGCACUCGUGCAAGGUUUCUACAUCCGUCGUAUCUGGAUCUUGAGCAGAGGGUCUAUCGCAUUGACUGCCGUUACUAGCAUAUUGCUACUUUGUCGUAUCGCAUUCGGCCUUGCCACCGCCUCGCUCACAUACUCGCUUGGUGAAUGGUCGACGUUCCGCGAAAAGACGGGUCCAUUGUUCACCAUAAGUGCCGGUCUAGGCCUCUCGGCCGUUGUAGAUGCCCUAAUAGCAAUUAUUUUGAUAUACUGCCUUCGAAAGGGGAGGUCGGGCUUCGCUGCAACGGAUAACAUUAUCCGAACAAUAAUUACCUAUGUUGUCAAUACUGGAGCAGUAAACAUGAUUGUCUCGGUCGUCACGAUUUUCACUUUUGCGUUCUUGAGGCAGAGCCUGGCUUUCGGAGGGUUUGUCCUAAUCGCGAGCAAACUAUACGCCAACUCGUUCCUCGGGACCCUCAAUUCUAGAUCAAUGCUUCGCAACAAAGGUUCUAGCGUGGCUGUCGGCUACAGCGCCGCAGAAUUGUCAACGUUCCGUGCAACACAGAAUGCAACACAGACGCACGAUGUGCAGGUCCCCCAAGCACACAUCCAGAUAUACAGAGAGACACAAAAGGUGUCCGAUCCGGAGUAUAGUUCCUCAUCGAGCUGGCCUGGGGGAAAGCUCCCGAAGUCAGAUUUCGAGAUGGCUUCAUGAAUUUGUAUCUUACUAGCCCAUUAUUCCUUGUUAUAUUAUAGUAGUGCAUUUGAACACGAUCGUCCGAGAUAUGAAGUAUUUAUGA